AUGUUCCUACGCACGAGCCAUUUCAAAUACCCCGUCGAUUUCAAGAACCCCCUCAAAUACUCUAGCCAUCGCGAAAAUGUUGGCAGCAUGCGGUUUCGAGAGUUUGACCUCGCGGGAGGCGUAUACAUAGUCACUGGCGGCGCACGAGGUCUAGGACUCUGUCUGGCAGAAGCAUUGGUUGAGGCAGGAGGAAAAGUCCACUGCCUCGACCUCCUUGCUGAGCCCGAUGAAACCUGGGCCGCAGCCCAAAGCCGCAUUCUUCCCGAAUUCGGCGGCUCACUCCACUACCACCGAGUUGAUGUUACUAAUGAAAAGGAACUCGACGAAGUAUUCACCAGCAUAGCGGAAGACAGAAAGCGCCUCGAUGGCUUGAUUGCAGCGGCCGGCAAGCAGAUGGCGCAGAAUAGCGUCGACCAUAAGAUUGAAGAUGUGCAAUACCUUAUGGACAUCAACUACACCGGCGUCUUUUUGUCCGCUUCCGCCGCCGCGCGCCAAAUGAUUCGCUUUAAGACCCGUGGUUCUAUCUGCCUGAUCGCGAGUACAGUCGGUUGA